UGCCACAUGGCACAUAUCCGAAACCAAACAAAAUAAGCGCGCUUUCCCCUCAUCUCAUUUCAAUCUUGGAGUUAUCCGAGGGAUUAAAGAUGGAGACGGAGGAGGGCUCCGACGCAGCGUGCAUUCCAAUUCUCAAACCAACCGAUGAAUCAGAAUUGGAGAAGCAAUGGCGGCUGUACGAGGCGUACAACGAGCUGCACGGUCUGGCGCAGGAGUUCCAGACCCCAUUUGAGGCGCCGGCAGUGCUGGUGGUGGGCCACCAGACAGACGGUAAUAGUGCUCUGGUGGAAGCUCUCAUGGGCUUCCAGUUCAACCACGUCGGCGGCGGCACCAAGACCAGGCGCCCCAUCACUCUCCACAUGAAGUACGACCCUCUCUGCGAGCUCCCCCGCUGUCGUCUCGUCUCCAAUUCCGAUGCCGACUCUGAUCCCUCCAUUUUGAUUGCAGAGAAAAUGUCUCUCCUGGAAAUUCAGAUGUUUCUCCUGAAGAAGCUGAGCAAAAAAGUCCUUAUGAAAGCUUUAAAGAUGUUACUGGAGCAAGUUCAUCCAAAGACAUUCAGACUGCUGAGGCGAAGGUUGACCAAAAUGGAGCUGCUUCGAAGCCUGUGGAUGGUUCCCAAUGGUUGAAAUCUACUGGUACCUCUCCUGGUUCUGAGGGCUCCCCAUCUUCUCGAAAACCUAUCUUAUCGGUGGAAGCUUUGGAGAAAAUGAUGGAAGAUCCGACAGUGCAAAAGAUUGUUUAUCCGUAAUAUGGGUUCUUUGUCAAUUUAACAUUUUAUGCUUUCCAAUUAUUAUAUUGAUUUAUCUUGCAUCGUUGCUGCUACUUUUCAUCUUAGUUGGGCGUAGCUUUUGUAUAUUUCCUUUGCAUUGGGAUUGUGUCCCAUUGUAUAUGUUAAUCAUUUCUUCUUCUUGAAUAUGCUAAACAAUUUGUACUAUUUAGCAACAUAGGGGGAAUAACUAGGCUACAUUUAUAAGUAUUAUAAUGUUUGUAGUUUUCAUGGACUUGGGUUUGUAAUGGUUAUCCAAAUGGCAUGCUUGCUACAGUCCUAAGGUGCAAACUGCAAAUAUGUACCUUUUCAACCUUCUAGUUA